AUGUCGGUUUUACUUCCUCUCUGUCUGAUUAUCUCCAUGAUUACCUAUUCAAAUGCGGCGUAUUGUGUGUGCAAAGACGGGAACGAGCAAGUUCUUCAGAAAGCCAUAGAUUACGCUUGUGGAGCAGGAGCUGAUUGUUCUCAGAUCCAGCUAAACGGAGCUUGUUACCAACCUAACACCGUUAAAAACCACUGUGACGUCGCCGUCAACAGUUACUAUCAGAAGAAAGCUUCUUCCGGUGCCACCUGUGACUUUAACGGCGCCGCCGUUAUCUCUCCCUCUCCUCCGUCAACUGCUUCAAGCUGUUUAACUGGUUCCAGCUCUAGUGGGACUCCUAGCACCGGAACUCCUAGCACUGGAACUCCGAGCACCGGAACCCCAAGCACAGGGACUCCGACUACCGGAAACCCUACCACCGGGUUCCCAUCAACCGGAAACCCUACGACCGGGACCCCAUCCACCGGGACUAAUACCGGAAUGCCCAACACCGGGACUCCUUCUAAUGGGAUGCCAAAUUCCGGCACGAACGGAAUGCCAACUUCAUCAUCCUCUUCGGUGUUCCCGGGCACUACUCUUGGACCGACUGGGAGUGGCGGACUAGGCGAUCCAAACACAGGAGAGAAGCUGUCAGUCAAAACUAACAUGGCCCUCUUUUUACUAACCGGCGUAGCUAUGCUUGUCAUGAGGGUCUAG